AUGGAACAACGUGAUGCAGUUACUAGUAGUGGGUUAGGGGGGCUUUUCAAUCUCAGAUGUAUAAAGCUUGAUCAUGACCUCUGCGAAUGGUUGGUUCAGAAAGUUGAUCCCAAAACUUGUUCAUUGAAUGUUCAUGGGCGACGACUCCUCUUUACUGAACUAGAUGUUCACAAGUUAUUGGGUAUUCCUACCAAAGGCAAAACAAUAGAACUAAAAAAAUCUUCACAAGCAUUUCCCAAGCUAUUUGAAGAACUUGGAGUUGUCCAAGGAGCUAUCAAACUGAAUGUUUUGAGAGAGUAUUUGACCAAAACAGAGGGAGCUGGAGAGGAAUUUUUGAGGAUAUUUUCCCUAUAUAUAUUAGGUGCCUUUUUAUGCCCAACCACAAAGGAUGUUGUUAAACAAUCAUUCAUUCACCUCGUUCAGAAUGUGGAUGGCAUGAAGGAUUAUAAUUGGGCAAAGUUCACUCUUCAAUUCUUUGUUCGUGGUUUAUGCAAGUAUAAUUCAAAAAGUCACUCACAACCAAAUGGAUGCUUAUUUCUUAUAAUGUUGUUUUACUUUGAUCGUGUUGCUCCUAGUGGUUGUGAUGUUGGUCGUGCUCGUUCGGUCCCCUCCUUGGCUGAUUGGGGUGAUGCAGAAAUAAAGGCGACACUGAAACUAUUCCAAAAAUCAGGAGGUUACCAGAAUGAGGAGGUUGAUGUUAAUUUCGUUGUUGACGAGCAAAUGCAACCAUUUGUACAAAGUGAGGAAAUGAAAAAUAUCAAUGAUAUUCGGAUUUCAAAAAUUGAGACGACUGUUUGUGACAUGAAAAGUGUUUUGGAAGAACUAGUUGUUAUUGUUAAAAGUGGAAUAACUAAUUCUUCCAUUCCGAAGGUCAUGGAAAAAUGUGAGCCACUGCAAAUGUCAAAACAACAGGAACUGGGGCAUAACCACUGUAAAUGUAAAGCUGGCAUAGUUGCACCUGGAGUUGUGGUAGAAUCUACAGUUGUACCUAUAGUUGAACAUGUCAGCCCUAUACUCAUGCCAAAACCUAAUGUUGUGGUUGAAUCUACGGUUGUACCUACAGUUGAACAUGAGAACAAUACACUCCCGCCAAAACCUAAUGUUGUGGUAGCACUAGAGAACAUGGAGGAAAAUAGAAUUCCGCUCACACCAUCCAUCUUGCAAUUGGAUGCCCAUCUUCAUGAGCAAACCAAACAAGCGAAGAACAAAAUCAAGGUAAGAUUGAACAACAAUCGAAGAAAGAAAAUCCCAAAACUCCAACUUAUUGAUGAAUCUAGUUCAUCCAUUGGUCCAUAUGGCGGACCUUGCACUCAACAUUCGGAUGCGCAGGUGGACAUACAAUCACCUUUUACAGCCAUUGCUGGUAAGAAAAGGAAAGCCACUCAGAAAGUACCAACCAAGACAAAGCUUCAUUUAGAUGAAUCAGAUUCAUCUCUCGAUACAAAGGAGGAUAAGUUUGAUCAAAGUUUGAACUUACUUGGAAAACUACUUGGCCUCAAUUUUGAAGCAUCUGCUACUGCCAUUGAGGUUAUUACUAAUUUCAUUAUUGUUCUUGAUCUCCAAUCCCCUUAUUUUAAUGCACUGCAAGAAGUAUGA